AGAGCACCGUGGGAGCCAAAGUCGGAGCCACUUGAACGCUGCUGGCCUUCAAAAACAGCGACGCCUUCAAAACCCAAUCGCCUUUUAAGCAUGCCUUCUCCCCUCUCCAUCAUUUUCCAAGCCCCUUCUUCGCCCCGUCUUCCCUCUUUCUUCCUCCCCGUCUUUUCUCCCCCUCCUCCAAACCCUGUUCUGCGCCCUCGCUUCGUCUCGUUGAAGGCCAUGGCGUCGGAGGACGGCAAGGACCAUCGCCUCGCGAGGAUCUCCUCUUCGAUCCGCGUCAUUCCCGACUUCCCCAAGCCUGGGAUCAUGUUUCAGGACAUCACGACGCUGCUUCUCGAUCACAAGGCGUUCAGGGACACCAUUGAUAUAUUCGUGGAGAGAUAUAGAGAGAAAAACAUCUCUAUUGUCGCGGGUAUUGAAGCAAGAGGCUUUAUAUUCGGUCCCCCCAUUGCCUUAGCUAUUGGAGCAAAGUUUGUCCCUAUGAGAAAGCCAAAGAAGUUGCCUGGUGAAGUCAUUUCGGAAGAAUAUGCUCUAGAAUAUGGCACGGACAAAAUGGAGAUGCAUGUAGGAGCUGUCCAGCCAGGAGAUCGGGCACUUGUCAUUGAUGAUCUUAUUGCAACAGGAGGGACCUUAUGUGCUGCAGUCAGACUUAUUGAACGAGCUGGAGCAGAGGUGGUUGAAUGUGCUUGUGUUAUUGAGUUGCCAGAGCUAAAGGGCCGAGAAAGACUAGGUGACAGACCAGUGUUUGUACUUGUGAAGGGCUAAAACCAGUCUGGUACAUGCUUAUUUAUUUCAAGGUUCUUCAUUUUGCUUCCUCGGAUAAUAUAUGCUACAACUUUUGCUGGAUCACCUGAGCUAAAUAAUCUGAAAUGUCAUUAUUGACAUUUUUCAGAAGGGCUUGGUAAUACUAGUUGCUUCUUUAAUUUGACCAGAGCGUUCUAUGGCUUUUGUAAGUUGUCUGAAGUAUGGUAUCUUUUUUCUUCUUUUUUUUUUUUGUUAAGGAAGUAUUGUACCGUUUACAAUCAUGAACUAAAAAUUUUAUUGGAUAUCUCCAAACGAAAUAGAAAUUUCUGCUGGUAGCUGAAG